GUGGGGAAAUGGCGGCGGGCGCCGCGGCCAAACGCGAUGGAGGCGCUGGGCGGGCUCCCCGAGGAGGCCGUAGUGAACAGCCACGUCCUGCAGUUCUACUUUCACCAGGCCUUGGCGGCCUACCGCGCGGGGCGCAACCGCGACUUCCGACAGUUCCGCGACGUCAUGCAGGCGCUGCUUGUGCGCCCGUUGGAGAAGGACCACAUCAUGGCCCGGAGGCUGCGCUUGAUGCAGUUCCUGUCACGGGUCGAGGAAGGCGAGAACCUUGAUUGCACUUUUGAUAAAGAGUCGGACCUCACCCCUCUGGAAUCAGCAAUCGGUGUCCUGGAGCUUAUUCAUACAGAAUUCGCUGUGACUCAGGAGACGAUGGAAACUCUUCGGGAAAUGGUUAAGGAAGCUGCUGUUAUUGUGUGCAUCAGAAACAGAGAGUUUGAGAAAGCGGCAGAGAUUGUCAAGAGGCAUAUAGGGAAGGAGCCCAAAAGCCAGAAAAAGAAGAAAGAGUUGCUGGCUGUUAUCCAGGACAAGGAUUGCAGUCAUCCAGUGGUCAGAAAAUUCUCUUACAAGGACUUCCAGCGGAGCACAUUUCAGUUCCUGGAGACUUACAUGGAUGAUUCAGAGCCCCUGCUGCAAACGAUGAUUAAAAAGACUUUGAGAUCAGAAAAUGCAAAAAAACCAAGACGCCCACCAGUGACUCCUGAGCCUGCAAAUGGGCCAGAGGAUGAUACUCAGGAGACGUUGGGAGGGGCAGAAGGCCCAGCAGGAGCUCCAGAGCCUGCAGAAAUGGUGAAAGACCUGGAGGGAGCUCCCAGCCCUGCAGAAAGGGCAGAUGACCCCACAGCAGCUUCAGAUCUUGGGGAAGGAGCUAGUGACUUUGUAACAGCAUCUGAGCAUAUGGAAGAGGGUACUGACCCAGAAGCAACUCCUGAUUAUAUAACAGCAGCGGGUGAUAACGUGGAAGAUGUAUCAGAGCCUACGAAAACAUCUAAAGAAGUAGCAGCAGCAGCAACUCCAGAACCUCCAGCUGCUGACCCAGCAGCAACUCCACAACCUCCAGGAGUGUCUUCCAGGGACUCAAAAAGGGGGCCCUCUGGAACUGAAACCACGUAUGGGAUUUCUGUUCUGAAAGAAGCUUUCAAGAUGCUGUCUGACUCCCGGGAUUCUGGUGCACUCUUCACCAAACUGGAUGAAACAGACUUUUCUUUCCCCAAGCAACUGUCUCCUUCUGUAUCCCACAGAACCAAGAAACGGAAAGAAGCGGAGAAACAAGAUUCUGACAUCUCACACCCUCCUGAAGUUAUCCGUAAGACCAGACGCUUGUACACAAUAAGCAAACUGGUCAUGGAACAAGACGACCAGUACAGCGAGUUGAGUGAGAGGCCAGACUCUUCCCAGGAGCCAGUUGUAUCUUCUGCUUCCAGACCUGUUCAGAAACCGCAUGACCAGUCUGUAUCUACUGGGACGGCCAAAUCCCUCAGAAGAAAAUGGAGCAGCGGACAGGGGUCAGAAGAAAAAGAGAGUUGGAGUGAGGAGGAUGAGCUUUUCCCAGGUGCCACAUCAUUUGAGACAGCCAGCUAUAGCAGUACAGUCUUCAGUUACAAGAAACAGAAAUGGACAGUGGAAGAGAGCGAGUGGAUCAAAGAAGGUGUGCGGAAGUAUGGAGAAGGGAAAUGGAAGGCCAUUUGCAAGAAAUACCCCUUCCAGAACCGCACAGCAGUGAUGAUCAAGGAUCGCUGGCGGACCAUGAAAAAACUGGGAAUCCUCUAAAGCUGGGAGUCACAGGACCUCCAGUGGAAAAACCUUUUUCUUUGGGAAGACAGACUGGAGCAUCACAGCAGGGGAGGCUGCUGUGCCUGUCUCUGAUGUAUG